AUGCUUGGUGAUCACUUCGAAAACCAUGGCCUCUGCAGAUAUGCUGCUCCGAUGAUCGACAAUCUUGUAGUCCACAUCGCAGCGCAAAUUGCGACCUGGCCGUGGACCGAUAGUCGCAUCCUCACGCCGAUAGACAGAAACCGAGACCACAGAGGUACGAAGCUGGUCAUACGGCGUAUGACUAUGGAUGAUCCGGCCGGGCCGUCUGCAGUGGUCGCUGGUCGCAAAAUGGUCGCCGCGUGCCGAUACGAGAGUUCUCCCAAUAGUCACCGGAUAAUUGGCACUCCAACGAGGCACCCCUCUCCUAGACCAAACGCAACAGUCCCACGCCAAGAAGAGAAACAUGGUCGAGAGAUGGUGUUUUUGUCUUGCUCAUUCGGAUCACGCGCCGGUAGAAGAGCCGACUUGCAUGUGCUCUCACCAAAGCCGAAUCCCGAGUCUAGCCGAGCUCAGAAUCGGCAGCUUCCAAUAGACGCAUCUGAACAGACCUUCUUCGCGAUACUUCGCGGCACCAACAAUAUAAGCAAUGGAGGAAAGUACCAGGUGUCCAAACUCCGUUCGUAUGCAGAGGUAAAGGCACUUAUUCGAGUCCUGUCCAUUACUGCUGUGCUUUAUCUAUCCAUAGAUCCGGAUGAACACCUAUAA